AUGUCCAACCCCCUCGACGCCGAACCGGGCACUGAGCUCUUCGCCUCGUACGAGGCCGAGCUCAAGCUCGUGCAGGCCGACCUCUCGCAGAAGCUCGACUCGAUCCCGGACCUGACGGGCGAGCCGCGCAAGGCGGCCCUGUCCCAGGCGAGCCGGGCGCUCGAGGAAGCCGACGAGCUCCUCGGCCAGAUGCGGCUGGAGAAGCAAAAGAACAUACCGUCGGGCUCGCGCGCGCGGGUGAACCAGCGCUUCCGCAACUACGAGACGGACGUCGACGCCGUGCGCCGCCGGCUCGAAGCCCUGGCCAGCGACCGGUCCGCCCUGUUUGGCGGCCGUUACCAGGACAACCCGUCCGGGAGCGGCGGCGGGUCGGCGUCGGACGUCCAGCUGGAGCAGAGGGAGCAGCUGCUCCGCGGCACCGACCGUCUCGACCGCAGCAGCAGGCGGCUCAAGGACAGCCACGCCCUCGCGCUCGAGACCGAGGCCAUCGGCGCAUCGACCCUGCGCGACCUCGCCCACCAGCGCUCUCAGAUCCAGCACACCACCGAGGUCCUCGUCCAGAGCGAGGGCUACGUCGACAGGAGCGUCAAGACCCUGAGGGGCAUGGCGCGUAGGAUGGCUACCAACCGCAUAAUAACCAUCGCCAUCAUCACCGUCUUGGUUAUGCUCAUUCUUGCCGUCAUUGUUAGCAAGUUCAGGUAG